AUGUCUACAAAUAAUAUGGAGAAGCAAUUAAGACGAUGUUUAAACGCUGCCAUAGAAGCUGUAUAUGUUGUCAUUAGAAAACUGUGGCCAUCAGCUAUAUCUGAAUCAAAUACUUUAUCCAUAGAUUCAGUUUUGAAUGAUAUGAAUACAUUCACAUUAAAUAUAGAAGAAGAUGAAGAAAUGGAUAAACUUCAAAAAGAAAUCGAAAGCAUUUUUAAUAAGCAUUUACCAGUUGUAUCUUCAAUGUAUAGAGAUUAUGUAUUAAAUUUUUUACAUCAGUAUGAUUAUGAUUAUAAUCAACGAAUUUUCAAGGAUCAUUUAAGUAUGAGUAUUAUUCUUCCAUUAUGUCGCGGUUUUCAAAGCCUUUUAGCUUCAAUGGAUGCUUCUCAGGCUGCCUGGGAUGGAAAACUAGAGAUUGUUGAAAAGUUUAUUAAAAACUAUCCAACUCUAAAAGAUAAACCUGGACUUUGGGGUACAACUCUUUUAUAUUCAGCAGCUCGAAAUGGUCAUAUGGAUGUGGUAAGGUGUCUUAUUGAAAAAGCAAAAUGUUCUGUUAAUGCACAAAAUGAACAAAAUCUUGAGAAAAUCUUAUCAGUUGAUACAAAAAGCGCUGAUUAUGAGAUUAGAUCAAGAGCAGCAUCAAGUGCACUACAUGGAGCAUGUUAUAAUGGACGUUUAGAAAUUGUUAAAUAUUUAGUUGAACAUGAAGCUGAUUAUUUUAUAAGAAAUCAAGCCUUAGAAACACCACUUCUAAAUAUAAGACAUCAUGAUGAUAUUAAACAAUAUUUUCGAAAUUAUCUUAUCUUAGGUUAUUCAACAACUAUACGUGAUCUACCAGAUAAACCUAUAUUAGAGGAAACUAUACUAAAAGUAGAUUGUAUUUGGGAAUAUAAAUCACUCAAUGAUCGAAAAUGGUGUCCAUUUUCAUCUAAUGAAUCACAAGUAUUACAAAAAUCUUUAAUUAUAGAAUCUGAUCAACAAUUUGAAUGUGAAAUUCAUUUAAAAACAUCCAAUGACAUUUAUACUAUUUCAAUGACUAAAUUUCUUCGUUCAAGUACAAAUCUUGAUGAAAAUAAUUUGGCUUGGAUUCGAUGUUGUGGUUCAUCAAUAUUGAAUUUUGAUUGCUUUUCAUUAUGGCAAAUUAUGUUUUUAACACAUCCAAAAGCUAAAUCGAAUUCUAUACCAUCUUUACAUGUCUCUAAUAUACCAACAGUAGAUGAUUCGACAUUCGAAAUAGAACUUCAAUCUUGGUAUAAUUGUGAUCCAAACACAAAUUCACGAUUAGAUCGUGCAAUGAAUUAUCGUCAAAAAAAGGUCGAUUUAAGUUUAGAUUUUAUUAGUGAUAAAAAUUUAAUAUUCGAUCUUCAAAAAUUUUCAUUUACAAAUCAAAAAGGUACAAUUACAGGUUUUAUUCGCUGGAUACCAAAAUUAGUAUCAAAUAAUGAGCAAGGUAAAGACAAAACAAAAACAAUAGAUAAUUUUUCAGCCAUGACAAAUUUAAAUCCAACACUUCUCACAAGAAAAUACCUUGAACAAAUAACUAAUGCAAUUGAUGAUAGUUUAUCUAAAGAUGAUGAAUUAUUUGAAGAUGAGAAUGGUGAUGAUGCAGCGUCAUUGACUUUUGCAAAUGAUAUUGAUGAUGAUGACGAUAAUGAUAAAGAUCAUGAUGUCUUAUCAAAGUCAAAUAAGACAACUACAGCAUCUGAUAGUGCUACAUGGUGUGUCAAUGAUGAUGCCAGUGAUUGUGAUGAAUCUUCAAUAUCUACUACUAGCCAUGAUGAAGCUGAAGACAGACAAGAUUCAAAGUUUCCAACAAUGACAACAGAUGAUACUUCUGAUGAGGUAGAUGAUGUUGAAAUUGAUGAUUAUCUUGAUCCUCAUAGUGACACUUCUCAUCUAUCACUAUCAACAAAAAUAGUGAAAGAUUCAGAAACGUCAGAAAAUCGUGAAAUGACAGAAACAAUGUUAGAAAAUUUGAAAAAAGAAAUGGAAAAACUCAAAAGUACCCGUGAUGAUGAAAGACAAAAAGCCAUGCUACAAUUAAACUCAUCUGAAAAGAGAUCACAUGAACUCGAAGAAAAAUUAGCUCAAACUCUUCAAAGGACUGAACAAUUGAAUGAUGAACUUAAAAAACUGAAAGAAAAAGAAGAAAAGAUAAAAGAAAUAGCCAGUACUAUUAAAAUAAUCAAAUACACAAAGAUUGAAAGAAGUAUUUUGUAUGACUUUAUAAUACCAAAACAAGAAUUAAUACUUGAUUAUUUACAAAGAACAAUACAAUUAGAUAAGUUUUUUGUUGAUAAAAUACCAAAAAUGACAUUCAAAGAAAAUGAUAAUACAUUUUCAUUAACUAUAAUCGGUAUUCAAGAUCAUCAUCAAGUAUUUAAAGAAAUCUUAAAAAGAAUAUUAACUUUAUCAAAUAUAAAACAACGAGCUAUUGAGUUUUAUCAAAGAUAUCUUAGACGAAUAAUAACAACAAUAAAUAAAACACUCUUUCGAGUUCAACCAAACACUAAAUAUUGGAAACAAUAUAGUAAAUUCUUAUAUGGGUUAUUAAAAACAGAAAGUACUCAAUAUUGGGCAAAAUUCAAAGAUUUUAUUGGACUUAAAACUUUAGAAUGUAGUGAAUUAUUUAUUCUAGGCGAUUCUAGAUCACCAUGGGUUGAAAUAAGAAAAGCAACGAAUUUAUUUAUGACAGAAAAUUCAUUUAUAAUUGAAAUUGAACGAUUAAAAUGUCAAGCAUUAGACAAAUUUAUUGAACUAAAUAUUUCUUUUCAACGAAUAAAAAUUUCAAUAAAACCGACGAAAGAUUCAAUUAAAACUCUCAAACAUUUUAUCGAAAAAAUUAAACAAAUAUUCGAAGAUGAUCAUAAAUAUAUUGGUUACGAAUUAAAAAAUUUUCGUCACAUUCCACAAUUAUUACAACGAUUAAUGGUUUAUUAUUGUUGUUUUACCAUUCAAUUACCUUUAUAUGAAUCAUCGAUCGAAUUACUAAAAACAAUACAGAAGAAUACAGUAAUUACUAUAUCUACAUCGACUGGUUCAGGAAAAUCAUCUUUGUUACCAGCUUUGUUAUUUGCUGAGGGAUAUGAUAAAAUAUUUGUAACACAACCUCGUCGUUUACCUUGCAGUUUAAUUUGUGAUCGUGUUAAUAAAACUAUGACGACUGACACAAAUCCUAAUAAGGAAAACUUAGCUGGAUGGGCUGUUAGUGGUGAUAAACAUAAUUCAAGAGCUAAAAUUCUUUAUUUAACAGAUGGAUUAUUGAAAGAAUAUUUACUCAAUAAUGAAAACUUUAUUACAAAUCAUACACUUACUAAUAAAUCUAUUGUAAUUUUUGUCGAUGAAGUGCAUGAGAGGUCGGUUAAUAUUGAUCUUUGUUUAGCAUUAAUAGCUCGUAUGUUAAUUGAUAAUCGAGCAGUAUCAUCGAGAAUCAAAGUUAUUAUUUCAUCUGCUACACUACAUCCAUCUGUAUCAAAACGUUUUCAAAGUAUAAAAAAUGUUAAAUUUGCAGAAUUUACAAAUUCAACUAUGAACACUCUAUAUCCUGUAAAAACGAUAAAAAGACCAAAUGCAAAUAUAAUAAAUAUUGUACAAGAAUUAUAUAACAAACGAGAAAGACAAGAUCAAAUAUUAUGUUUUGUUAAUUCAGUUUCAGAAGUUAAUCAAUGUUGUCGUUUAUUAGCUGAUAUAAGUCAAAAAACAAUUGUUGCUUAUCCAUUAGUUCAAUCUCAAUCAUCAUCUACUCAAAAAGAAUAUCUUCGAAAAGGAAGUGUUUUCUUUUCAACAACAGUUGCUGAAACUUCUUUAACAUUUCCAUCAUUAAAAUAUGUCAUUGAUACUGGUAUGAUUAAUGUACCUAUUUUUGAUAUUGAAGCUCAAAGAAUGAUAUUGAAAGAAGUUUCUGCAGCUGAAUCAACAAUAAAACAACGUUUAGGACGUUUAGGAAGAACACAACCUGGCGAAUAUUAUGCUUUGUAUGAUUUUGAUCCUAAAAUGAAACGAUUUCCAGUACCACAAAUAUGUCAAUCGGACUUAAUUAGUAUUGAAUUUUCAUUGCGAAAAUCUCCAUUGAAAAAUGGAUUAGAUUAUUUGAAACAAUUUUUACCUGAACAACCAAAAUCAGAAGCUAUUUUUUAUACUACACAUGAAUUAAUUCGAAUGCAAGUUUUAAAGGAAAAUUCCAAUGAAUUAACAGCCUAUGGUAAAUCACUUGCUAAAUUACCUGAUUUUGGUUCUUUACCUAUGGCACGAUGUGUAUUAGCUGCUCUUCGAAAGUAUAAUUGUGGACGUGAUUUAAUUUGUCUUGCAUCUAUUUUAAGUGUUUUAAAUACAACAAAUCUAUUAACACAAAUACCACCACGUUAUAAGAGUUCUGAUGGUGAUUAUAUGACACUUUUAAAUGUAAUGAAUGAAAUUUUGUUAAUUAAACAAUCUGUUCCAGCAAAAUCAUUCAUAUUAGCACGUGUCUGUGAAGUGAAAGGUCUUAGUCAUAUAAGACAUAUUAUUGGACAAGCAUUAAGACGAUAUGAUACUUUAGAAAAAACAUUUGAUCUUUCAAAUGAUUAUCGUGAACAAGCUCAAAUUCAAUGUGGUAAUUGGAUAUUUAUAGCCAAAGCAUUAUUAGCUGGUUAUUCGGACAAUGUUUUUGUUUCUAAAAGAGAUUUACAAGAUCGAACUCAUCAUUUUCUACGUUAUGGUAGUACAAAUGAUAUAGCUGUUUUAGAUUUAAAAUCUACAUUAAUACAACCAAUAAGUCAACCACCUGUAUCUCUUGUCAUAGCACGAAAUAUUCUUUAUUUGAGUUCCGUUCGUUUAGUAGCUGUAAUUUCAUUCUUAGGAAAAAUAAAAGCUGAUUGGAUUGAACAUGGCGUUGAACGACAUAUAAAAUUAAAUGAACGUGAAGAAAAUUUUCUUAAAGCUAAUAAUGGAUAUUCAACUGCAAGAACAAUGUUUGCUAAUACCGUUCAGAUGGGAUUAAAUAAUAGACUUCUUAGUUUAACUGGGACAGCUGGUGUUACACUCAAUAGUGAAUUAUAUUUGCUUCAACAAUUAAUUGUUCAAGAAACAUUUUCUUUAGAAAAUAAUAAUAAGAAAGAUUCUACAACAUAUAAGAACUUAUCACAAAAUUUAUUCAGUGUUACGAAAAUGACUCAAAUAUUUAAUCCAUUGAUUCGAAGAUGGGCAGCUGAAAAACAAGUGACAAUAACAGUAAAUAAUAAUGCAGCCACUAAAACAUGUGAUAUAACUGUGAAAGGACGAGAUUCAGAAAUUAGAAAAGUCAAAGAAGAAUUCGAUUCAUUUUUAGGUUGGUUACAAACGUGUGCUGUUGUAAGACAUCCAAAUUCAGGUGUUUCUCCACGUCUUCUUCGUGCUCAAAUGCGUGCUAAUUGUGAAGAUAUUGAAGAAAGAAUUUCUCAUAUAACAGAUCCCAAACGAACAUAUAUCGAUUUGUAUAAUAAUGCUAAAGGCUCAAAAGCAACACGCGAAACACGAAUGGAAGUUGUUGCUUGGAUAGCUGUUUGUAAAUUUAAUUGUAAAUUAGAAGGUGGUUUUGUUCGAGAUUGGAUCGUUGGAAAAUAUAUAGCACGGCCAGCCAAUGUAAAUCCAAAGGAUUGGAUUGAAUAUAAGGCAAAUCGUCACGGUGUAAAUAUUCCUUACUUGAAUAGAGAAGUUGUUCCAGCUGACUUAGACUGUCAUUUACCAACAUACGGUUCAUUUGAUAUUGAAAAAUUUCAAGAUCAACUUCAUAAAUUUAAUAUAAAGUGCAAAUAUUAUCGAGAAGAAUGGAGAUAUAUUUUAUUAAUUGAUGAAGGUGUUCGAACAGGACCAUUUACUAUGGAUCUAAUUGAGCCACAUGUUGCAUUAACUCACGACCGUAUUGAUUUUGAUGUUAGUAAUUUAGUAUUGGAAAAAAAUUAUACACGUGACUUAGGAAUGCGUAUUGAUAUUCAACAAAAACCCUAUUCAAUCGAACUUGAAACAAUUGUUAAGAAUAUCAAAAAUAAACAAUUCUAUGUUCUUCGUAGUAUUGAUAAUAGACUCACUGAACGUAUCGAAAAAAUGACAAAGAUUCGUGAUUGGAAACAAUUAGAGCCAACAUUCAAUGUAUUACCAAAUCCACCGUUAAAAAGUAAUGCACUUCUUGUACCAUUACAUCAUACGAGUAUCACAUAUCAAGCUCUAUUAAAAGAAAUGCAAAAAAUCAACCCUCACAUAGAAAUUAAAUCCAUUGAGGAAAUUAAAAACCCAUAUAUGGAAGAGAUCUACGAAGGUAUGAAAAAAGUAAUCAGUACACAACGUCCAGGAUUUAAUCCAAAUGAACGUGAACUUUUUCAUGGUACAAGUGGUGAUGGAAUUCAGGGAAUAACAGAAUAUGGUUUUGAUGACCGAUUUUAUAACUCAGCGAGUGCUUGGGGUCAUGGUGCCUAUUUUGCUGAUGAUACUCGAAAAUCGCAUGCCUACACAAAUCCUCCUGCAUCAGAUGGAUCACGCGUCAUAUUUUAUAAUAAAGUGCUCUUAGGCAAUGAGUCAAUCUAUACGGCCGUCGAUAACUCAUUGGUAUCUGCACCGAAAGGUUAUCAUUCAGUCACAGGAACGGCAUUUACUUAUAAAGAAUAUAUAGUUUAUCGUUAUGGCCAGGCAAGACCUUAUUUAAAAAUCACUUAUAAACCUUAA